AUGCCUUUUCCAGUUACAACGCAGGGAUCCCAACAAACACAGCCCCAACAGAGGCACUGUGGCAUUACCUCUCCUAUCAGCUUAGCGGCCCCCAAGGAGACUGACUGCCUACUCACACAGAAACAUGAGACUCUGAAGCCCUUUGGGGUUUUUGAAGAAGAAGAGGAACUGCAGCACAGGAUUUUAAUUUUGGGAAAAUUAAAUAACCUGGUGAAAGAAUGGAUACGAGAAAUCAGUGAAAGCAAGAAUCUUCCACAAUCUGUAAUUGAAAAUAUUGGAGGAAAAAUUUUUACAUUUGGAUCUUACAGACUAGGAGUACAUACGAAAGGUGCUGAUAUUGAUGCAUUGUGUGUUGCACCAAGACAUGUUUAUCGGAGUGACUUUUUCACCUCAUUGUAUUGUAAAUUGAAAUUACAAGAAGAAGUAAAAGACUUAAGAGCUGUUGAAGAGGCAUUUGUACCAGUUAUCAAAUUGUGUUUUGAUGGAGUAGAGAUUGAUAUUUUGUUUUCAAGAUUAGCACUGCAGACUAUUUCAGAAGAUUUGGACCUACGAGAUGACAGUCUGCUUAAAAACCUAGAUACAAGAUGCAUAAGAAGACUUAAUGGUUGCAGGGUAACCGAUGAGAUUUUACAUCUAGUACCAAACAUUGACAACUUCAGGUUAACUCUGAGAGCCAUCAAACUGUGGGCCAAACGGUACAACAUCUAUUCCAAUAUAUUAGGUUUCCUCGGUGGUGUUUCCUGGGCUAUGCUUGUAGCAAGAACUUGCCAGCUUUAUCCAAAUGCAAUGGCAUCAACUCUUGUACAUAGAUUUUUCUUGAUAUUUUCUAAAUGGGAAUCGCCAAAUCCAGUGCUAUUGAAACAGCCUGAAGAAAGCAAUCUUAAUUUGCCUGUGUGGGACCCAAGGAUAAACCCCAGUGAUAGGUACCAUCUUAUGCCUAUAAUUACACCAGCAUACCCACAGCAGAACUCCACGGAAAAUGUGUGCAUUUCAACACGGAUGUUCAUGGUUGAGGAGUUUAAACAAGGUCUUGCUAUCACAGAUGAAAUUUUGCUGAGUAAGGCAGAGUGGUCCAAACUUUUUGAAGCUCCAAACUUCUUUCAGAAGUACAAGUAUGUAUUUUAAGGCAUG